AUGGCUCAACGGUAUCGAGAAAACAUUUCCUCGGACAUCAAGCAGAAAAUACAGUCACUUCAAGAACUCUACAAGCGCGAACGAGAACUCAAGGAAGAGCUCGAGGCCACACGCCAACAUUGUCAGCUCCUCGAACAAGAGCUUAGACCGUACGAAGCCACUGCAUCCAUCAACCAUCUCCCUCCAGAACUUCUCACGUGCAUAUUUCAACUCGCUCUACUCGAAGACCACACACGUAUCGGUCGCCUCUUGUUUGUGUGCCGCCAUUGGACACAAUUGGUCCUUCACACGCCGAUAUUAUGGACGAAUAUUCAUGUUCGAGUCCAAGGAUCUGACAAGGCUCCAGUGAAGCCCUCAUACGUGCGUGCAUGCUACGCACGUUCAGGCGAGCUCCCACUCGAGGUUCUUUUGGACUUUGCGCUCCUCUCUUCGCCCGAAGACUGUCUAUCUGACAUGCGUCGAUAUAUCAACAAAGCCUGCGAGUCGCACUGUGUAUAUUCCGGUCUCCCGCUGUCGCUUGCCUAUGGCCUUAAGCCUGCAUGCUCAAUAGCGACCAAGGUUGGCGAGCAUCUACGACAUAAUGUCAUCACUUGCCAAGCAGCUAGCAUUGGCGCUCGCAUCGGGCCAUGGGCGGCAUAUGCGGCGCUGGAGUUCAUCUUCAUAAGCUUUUCGAAGGAACUAGUUCAAAAACUACGAUGGAAGACACCAAACCUUCAGACACUCCGGAUCGCAAGCUUCUCAGACCUCCACCCAUUACGCUUUCCCAAAUUCGCUGGUCUGAUUGACCUGACCGUGGAUGAUCUCGAAUACGUCUCUCGACAUCCACUCUCCUCCUCCCUACUCCGGCUUUCCGUCCUCAGACCCACCAAAAUCGGCUCAUUGACACGAAUAUCUGGGCUUAGUCGUCUCGAGGAGCUGGAGCUCACCCUUUGGUGCUGCCCGUUCAAUGAUCGACUCCGAGCCCCGCUCCAGUUUGAAUGUCUCAAGCGGCUGACUCUAAUCGGAUACUCUACAUUUGGAGGCCCAAUUGACUUUCGAAUCCCGAAAUUGGACCUGCUACGAAUCAAGGACUUGUGUCUUAUCGACUUUGACAUUGACAUUCCGACGAGCACGCUGGAUUGGUGGUAUACUGGGAUGAAGGAGUUUGAUACAAACAUCCUGACCCAAAUUUUCACGACUGUAGGCUCAGCUAAACACCUCACUACUCACGGAAUCAACGCUUCCGAGGUCGACAAUUAUCUCAAGCACAGGAUGACUCCACCAACUCUCGAAGUGGUCGCGGUGAUAGAGAACGACGGUACCCUCCAUACCAGGAAACUUCAUGGCUCUCUAGUCUGA